AUGGGGGAGAAGGUGGAGUUUUCCUAUCCGCCCCUAAAGCCUGCGGAAGGCCAUGACAGCCACAGUUUACCAGAGGAAUGGAAAUACUUGCCAUUUCUUGCCUUACCAGAUGGCGCUCACAACUAUCAGGAAGAUACCGUGUUUUUCCAUUUGCCACCGAGAUGUGGGGAUCGAACCACAGUAUAUGGAGUCUCUUGCUAUAGGCAGAUUGAAGCGAAGGCAUUAAAAGUACGGCAAGCAGACAUCACCAGAGAAACAGUACAGAAAAGUGUCUGUGUUCUCAGUCAGCUGCCUUUGUAUGGGUUACUUCAGGCAAAGCUGCAACUCAUUACACAUGCGUAUUUUGAAGAAAAAGACUUCUCGCAAAUUUCAAUUCUAAAGGAACUUUAUGAUCAUAUGAAUAAUUCCUUGAGCAGUACCUUGCUAGAAGGGUCACAAGUUUAUCUUGGUCUGUCUCCUCGGGAUCUCGUUCUUCACUUUAGACACAAGGUCUUGAUCCUUUUUAAAUUGAUUCUUCUAGAGAAAAAGGUAACAUUUUAUGCCGGUAUUUAUUUGUGCUAUCACUUUCCAGGUAUGAUUGAACAUGGUCUUAUUGACUGCUCACAGUAUAGACCAAGAAAGAGCAUAUCAGAGGAUGCUGGCUUGCAGGAAAAUACACCGCCGUUAGAUGACUGCGUUUCUGUAUCUGCUGCUAAUACUUCAAAUACAAACUUAGGAAUGGGAAAGGGAAGCAGGAAGACAGCAGGAAACCAUUCACUGGAAAGUCAAAAAGCAAAGGUGCCUUACUCCCAGUCAGACAAGACUUGCAACGGAGCUCAGUCCUCCAGUGGGACUGUGCAACACCUGAAAGUUCCUUCCCACACUUCUCCAGCAUCCUCUGAAAGUGACUGGGAGACCUUAGAUCCUAGCAUUUUGGAGGAGUCUAAUUUGAAAGGAGAACGUGAAAAUGCAGCAGCAGGACAGGCUGAAAAUCUUCCGAGCGAAGGCUCAGAAAGUCUGCCAAUCACUGUGCAGCCCCAGGCAAACACAGGACACGCGGUCCUGGUUCCAGGACUGAUAUCUGGGUUGGAAGAGGACCAAUAUGGUAUGCCAUUGGCCAUUUUUACCAAGGGGUACCUUUGUUUGCCAUACAUGGCGCUGCAGCAGCAUCAUCUCCUGUCAGAUGUAACAGUCCGUGGCUUUGUUGCGGGAGCUACCAAUAUCCUAUUCCGACAGCAGAAACAUCUGAGCGAUGCAAUUGUGGAAAUAGAAGAUGCUCAUGUACAAAUCCACGAUCCAGAACUGCGUAAGAUCCUGAACCCAACGACUGCUGACCUAAGAUUCGCAGAUUACUUGGUGAAGCACGUGACUGAGAACAGAGACGAUGUUUUCCUUGAUGGCACUGGAUGGGAAGGAGGAGAUGAGUGGAUCAGGGCUCAGUUCAGUGCUUAUCUUCACGCACUGCUUGCUGCUGUGAUGCAGCCAGACAACGAAAAGACUUUGUCAGACUUCGGAACAGCAUUUAUAGCAGCCUGGAAAAAUACCCACAACUACAGAGUAUGGAAUAGCAACAAGCAUCCAGCUCUUGCAGAAGUAAAUUCUAGCCACCCAUUCCAGGGACAGUACUCUGUAUCAGAUGUUAAAUUAAGAUUGUCACACUCUGUGCAAAACAGUGAACGUGGAAAGAAGAUUGGGAAUGUGAUGGUUUCUACUAGCCGAAACGUUGUACAAACGGGAAAAGCUGUAGGUCAGUCAGUUGGAGGAGCCUUCACAAGUGCAAAAUCAGCGAUGUCAUCGUGGUUUUCCACUUUUACACAGUCAGCCCAAAGCCUCGGGGACUAAAUGGUGGCUCUGCACAAUGCUGCUGAAUAUUUCAGGUGCAAUGCUUUCUCUGAGCUGUAAAAAGGCUGCUCCGACACAUAGGAGUGGAGAUUAACUACCCAGGACCAAAACAAGGCAUAUGUUGCUUGCAAGCAGACGCAGAAUGUGACCAUUCAGUUUUGCUAGAAGUAUAGAAGAACGGUGGGUGUCUCCAUGCAGUGGGACGGCAUUUGCAGUGUAUCGGUUGUAUUUGAAAUGACUACUUUUCUUUAAAACUGAGCCUUUAUAAAGACGUUAGCAAACAGGGCUUGUUGCAAGCCAAAUGUGUUUGACUUUAGAUUUGUACAUUAUCUUGGAUGUUGAAAAUAUU